CCAUCGGGACUGGGGAGGCUGGGAAUCACCGUGACAGAGGGAAAUAUUCACUGAAGUCUGCAGCAGAAUCAGAAUAAGGAUUAUAAAUUGUUUUUUUUACACACACAGAAUUUGUCUUAGUGUUUGGUGCAUUAAGAGGAAAUAAAAACAGUCAUAAACAAAAAUAUAGCAUAGAAACAACAUCAUAAAAAGACACAGUACAAUGUGACAGUUUAGUGCAGGAUGUGCAAACAUGUUGAUAGAGGGACAUGCAAAUGUUACAGGUAUAACAGUACAAGAUGUGCGUUGUUGUCAGGUGGUUAAUGAUUACCGUGUAUCCCUACUAAUGCUUCCGGUAAUGCUUUCUGAUCAGGCACACCGAGCAAACCCAGACUGUAUUUACAAAAACGCUCUUAAUCUCCAGCCUGUAAAUUCAACACUGUUAAAUUGUCAAACCCCACAGAGGACUGUGUGUUGAUGGGGGCACAGAGAAGGUGUGGUGGACUAUUUCCUCCUUCUAACAGGCCUUUAAUUAAACGAGGUAGAAAUAAAGAGUCAACGGGGCAGCAGAUCUGUCUUCGUGCUCCAGUUACCUUUCCUUUAUCAGUACGACGAUCGAUAAGGAAGUCAGAUUAGGCUGAAGUAUCGUACUCACGUCUUUCUUGAUCUCUGCCAUCUCAUCUUCAGUGAGCUGAGGAACAUCCAUCCCUCUCACUCGGAAAAGUGAAAAACCAAAGCGCACCGGGUAACAAAUGACGACUUAGAUAAGUUAAUAAGAUAGUAAUAAAGACAUUAACGACAUCGAUACGUUAGGUAGCGUCAACAAAUGUGGCUCGUCAUUAUUUUGUCGGUGAAAGGCGGCGGAUCCACGGUCCAUUCAACUUUUAUGUUUCGUAUAAAUUCCCCGGACUUCCUGAUUGUGUCGAUGUUUUACGUCAACGCGAGAAGAAGAGAAGUACGGACACUAGAGUCGUCGGUUUCACACGAAGAGACGGUUUAUUUGGUUGGUUAUCAGGAGCUGUUUAAUGUUUCUGAUACAGGUGAGAUGCUAUUCUGACUCAGUCCACUGGGUGGCGCUGCUGGACCUCACACACGCACCACACAGGAUUUCUUUCACACUAUACCUGUGAAAGUACUGUGCUCAAGUACAAUUUGAGGAUCGGAAUACUUCUUCCAGCACUGGAAAUGUGUUUCAAAACCAAAGCCGUGAUGGAGGCGUCAGCGUCGUGCCCGAAGGACUGCUGGUGUCCCUCUGACACCCCGAGGUGUGCAGCGGGAGUCAGCCUCGUGCUGGAUGGCUGCGGAUGCUGUAAAGUUUGCACACGGCAGCUCUUUGAAGACUGCAGCAAGACACAGCCAUGUGAUCACACAAAGGGACUGGAGUGCAACUUUGGAGGGACAUAUAGCUCUGCUAAGGGCAUCUGUCGAGCCAAAGCAGAUGGAAGAACAUGUGAGUACAGCAACAACAUUUACCAGAACGGGGAAAUCUUCCACCCAAACUGCAAACACCAGUGCACUUGCAUGGACGGUGCUGUUGGAUGCGUCUCCCUCUGCCCACAUCAGCUCACGCUGCCCAAACUGGGCUGUGCUCAGCCCAAGCGGGUCAAGGGCCGGGGUGGGUGCUGUGAACAACUCGUAUGCCCCGAGGAGGAAAAGACAGAGAGAUCUGCGGUGAAGAAACACCGGAAAACCCAAGGCAAAGACAGACCGUCUGAAGGCAACCUUAACAACAGGAAUGAGUUUGCUCCUGCGUGGAGAGGAGAAUCAAAUUCUUUACCGGCUUUUAGGAGUCACCCAACGGGCCACAUGUUGGUCAGAGGAGUCAAGUGUGUGUCUCAAACCACAGCUUGGUCACCCUGCUCCAAAUCCUGUGGCACUGGAGUGUCCACCAGGGCGACCAACAGCAACAGCCAGUGCAAACUGGUGAAAGAGACUCGGAUCUGUGAGGUCCGCCCGUGCAAAAUGACCGUUACAAAAUUAAAGAAAGGUCAGAAAUGUAACCACAUAGAAGAGGCCAGCCAUCCAGCUAAACUGUCCCAUGCAGGCUGCCGUAGCCUGAAGAAGUUCCAGCCGAGGUACUGCGGGUCCUGCUCAGAUGGGCGAUGCUGCAGGCCUCACCGGACCCAGACGUUACCGGUCCAGUUCCGAUGCAAACACGGGGAGAUCAUCAGAAGGAUGGUGAUGGUGAUUCAGUCAUGCAAAUGUAACCGAAACUGCUCCGGCAGCAACGAGAGGACACCUGCUCGCUACAGACUUCAUAAUGAUAUCCACAAACUGAAAAUGUAAAGUUUUGAACAGAAGGUUGUUGACUCAGAAACAAAUGUGCACUUUGUGGUUGCAUGCAUCUGCAGGAUGAAUGUCUUGAAUGAUUUUGCUUCAUAACAUUGGAGCCUUGUGGUUUACUUCUUUUUGAAGCUGUUUUUUUUUUUUACAUUGUGAAGAUCGUUAUUUUUCUAAUUAAAUAAAUAUGUGUUCUACUAUUAUACAAAUACUUACUAUAUUUACACCUCCCUGACGAGACAUGACAACAUGGAAAUGACAAACUACGGCAGCUGCUAAUUCAUUACACUUAUGUCGCCAUGUUGCUGUUGAUUUAAUGUACUACAUUUUAUUUAUAAGAAAUAAUGCUUCAGUGUAUUGUUAUAUCCAAUGAUGGGAUAUUGUACAAUGGUAUUGGAUUGACAUCGUCUACACUCACUUGCCUAUGAUGAAUAUGACUGGAAAUAUACU